GCAUUUUGUUUUAGGUUGAGAGUGUGUGAGCUGUAUAUUGUAUAAUAUGGGUUUGGUGUGAUCUGGGUUUUUGGCAUUUGUUAUCAAGGAGCUAUCAUCGAGGACUCACCCUAUUAUUACUUUUCGUAAAUUUGAAGGCUUUUAUAAUUUUUGUCUGGAUUAACGUGAUUUUGAAGGCUCUUUCUUUUUUAAUCUUUAUUGUAAUUUAUUAUUUCUUUUCUAAGAAGUCUUUGGUGGGGAAGUUUCCAUUUUUGGACUAUAAAUAUCAGUCUCUGAUCCCUUCAGUGUUGUCAAUCACAAGAGAACAAGUCAGGGUUUUGGGUUUUUUUCCUUUGCAGUUCAUUAUCAUCAGGUGAUUGAGAUCUGAAGAAUGGGAACCAAUUCUUCGAAUGGGGAGCACCAAACAACGACUAAGCCUCCCCCAAUGCCUUCUCCUUUGCGUAACUCCAAGUUUUUCCAGUCCAACAUGAGAAUUUUGGUCACUGGAGGAGCUGGAUUCAUUGGAUCUCAUCUAGUUGACAAACUAAUGGAAAAUGAGAAGAAUGAGGUAAUAGUUGCUGAUAACUACUUUACUGGAUCAAAGGACAAUCUUAAAAAAUGGAUUGGCCAUCCAAGAUUUGAACUCAUUCGCCAUGAUGUCACGGAGCCAUUGUUGAUUGAGGUUGAUCAGAUUUACCAUCUGGCAUGCCCUGCUUCUCCCAUUUUCUAUAAAUAUAAUCCUGUAAAGACGAUAAAAACAAAUGUGAUCGGCACAUUGAACAUGCUGGGUCUUGCCAAGCGAGUUGGAGCAAGGAUUUUGCUUACAUCAACUUCAGAGGUUUAUGGUGAUCCUCUAGUGCACCCUCAGCCAGAGACUUACUGGGGCAAUGUUAACCCAAUUGGGGUUCGGAGCUGCUAUGAUGAGGGAAAGCGUGUGGCUGAGACCUUGAUGUUUGAUUACCACAGGCAGCAUGGGAUAGAAAUUCGCAUUGCUAGAAUUUUCAACACCUAUGGACCACGUAUGAAUAUUGAUGAUGGGCGUGUUGUCAGCAAUUUCAUUGCUCAAGCACUUCGAGGUGAACCAUUGACAGUCCAAAAACCUGGAACUCAGACUCGCAGUUUCUGUUAUGUUUCUGACAUGGUUGAUGGCCUCAUUCGACUCAUGGAAGGAGAGAACACUGGGCCAAUCAACAUUGGAAAUCCAGGUGAAUUUACCAUGAUCGAACUUGCUGAGAAUGUGAAGGAGCUUAUAAAUCCUGCUGUGGAGAUAAAGAUGGUGGAAAAUACUCCAGAUGAUCCAAGACAGAGGAAACCUGACAUCACAAAGGCAAAAGAAUUGCUGGGUUGGGAACCAAAAGUCAAGUUGCGCGAUGGCCUUCCCCUUAUGGAAGAGGACUUCCGGUUGAGGCUCGGAGUCGCCAAAAAGAAAUGAAGAUGAGCAGUGUUAAAUUCUCGAUUGUCAUAAUCUUUAGUGUUUGUUUCUCCCAUAUAUCUGGACUUGCAUAAGCCCUUGUUUCAUUUCUCUUUUGAUGAUGAAUAUCAUCCGUUUCCUUUCUCUUACAGUUACUUCUGAAGCUUUAUAUAGGCAUUUACCAUUAUAUAUAGUUAA